CUACGCAGAGGUUCCACCAGAGAAAACCGAGUAUAACCCAUUUAUUUCUCUGACAUCUGGAUGGUCCCCCGUGGUGAUAGCAAGAAUACUUCACGGGGCACCGUCAUUGACGUCACCAUAGUUUCCAGCCAGUACAUUUCCCGGAAGAUAGCACAGGAAAGAAGUUCAAUCGGCAUGACCCAUCAAGCUACAUCCCUCUAUCUGCCGCCUUGUUGCCUAGCUGUUCUAUUUUAUAUAUGCACCAAGGUUAAAUACUGUGGCUCAUGGGUUUCUAUUAGUCUCCAAAUGAUUUCUACUACUCGCCCUAUCUUGGAAUGUGGCGGUUGAUCUCUUAAAAAAUGUCAGUUACCGUACACUCGGAGGUCAUUGACCUUGAUGAAAUGAUCCCAAGGAUGAUCAGUGUAGAGUGCGAAGAUAAAGACGUGGAGAGAUUAAUACCCUGGGUCUUUUCUGAGUUCUCCAAAGUGAAUGAUCACGAACCAUGGACGGCAAGGUGGCCGACAAAGCACACUAUGUUCAGGUCAUUCUUCUACAGACUCCGUCAAUAUAUGAAUGAGUUUCAUGGAUGGACUGACCGACAUUAUCCGGGUGUUAUUCAAACAACCGAGACGAUUACUUUGCCUAAGAUGUAUUGGAAGGCUCCCACCAGAGAGCUGUUCUCCAAUCAUAUGUGGUUGCAAGGGAGGGCAUUGAACCUGCUGAUGGAGACGACAUAUUCUGUUUUGGAAAGAGAAAAAAAGGUCCUCCCCUCUCUCAAAUUUCCACAUUCUGCCUGUAGACAGACCUACUUCGUAGGUGGUGAAAGAUACUUUUCUCGACCAGAAGGUGCAGUCUAUUUUGGUCGAAGGAACCGACUAGUUCCCAUCAUAUCUUACGUUGGCUGGUUUAAGGAUCAAACAUGGGGCGAAUACCUUGGUGAAACACUUAGUGCAAUGCUCGGACAACUUGCCAGAAAUAUUCGGAACCCUGUGCGUGACCAGGAGGUGUUUGUUGUUGGCUUGUACGGCCCCUAUUUCUACAUUGCUCGCGGAUUCUUCGCUGCCGCCACUAUCGUCAGGGUGCAUACAAAGGGAUGUUCAGAUGAUGAAACCACGGAGUUGAAGUUCACUCGAAACUAUGAUCUCCGCCAGAAGGCGGGCUGGAUGGCUGCGAUGCGGGCUUUGACUAGAUUAUUCCGGUCCGCAGGAAAUGGUUUUAUCGGCAUGGAUAUCCGCAAAGAAAUGAACCAUGGUAAUGGCUUGCUGAACAAGGAAAUAACCCUGUUUAUCAUACACUCGACCACCUUCAGGCUAUGAAUGUGUGUAGCCCCUGAACCACAAACUUCACUUUAGUCGGCAAGACGAGCAUGGCCUGCAAGUUAGUUCUUAUCUGAUCGUGCUAGGUCUGCCGAUCGUGCUUAGCCGACAUUGGCUUUUGUCAGGCCGGCAGCGUUUUCGGAGGGGUGGCGUGAGAAGUUCAAGAAUAAAGUUUGGUCAAACAUGCCGUUGUCAGGUUUAGCUUCUUCUAUCACUAAAUUAGCCUGUUAGGUUAGAGACAUGAAGUCGAGUGUUAGUUCGCGGACAUGACAGCAUAUUAGGAAAUGACCGUGCUGAUCUCGCAUGAAAAAAAGAACCUAGGAAGUCCCAAGCCGAGGGGAUCAUUAUGCCGUUGUUGGAGUCAAAUCGAAAAC